AAAGCAAAGGCUUGGACACAACUCUCCCCGCUUUUCAGUGCACAGGCUCGUCUGCGUGUGCCGGAGACGGAGUCGAGUUAUCCACUCAGAAUAAUGAAAGACUCGCGUUUCCCUUCCUCUGGUGUCUGCUUUCAGAUGAGUCACUGACGAGAGCGAGUGGCCAAGAGGAGAGACCGACGCUCUUCUUCAAUGUGGACCGUCGGUGCGCACAAGUGCGCUCCAUGCUUCAGCGUCCUCCUCCCCCUCCUCCUCCGCUCCUGAGAUCAAGCCGAACCCACGAGCCGCGCUGAGAUCCUCCUCAUCGAACCCUCCUGUGCGAGAUGUGCUGUGGACUGCUGACAAUUUCUCCUCCUCCUCCGCCUCCUCCAGUUCAAAUUCAAUGGCAGACAAAGACUGCGCUCUCCAUUUCCAUUUACUCCUGAACUCAUAAAGACAGAGCUGGUCCACACCUAAACCUGUUUUUAUUUUUCUUGCCUCUGUCGCCACCAUUAUUCUGUCCAACAGCAUGGCUUGUUUCCUGUCAUCAGCCUUUCUUCUGUUUCUCCAGACAUAUGCCGCUUCACGUGCGCUUGUUCAGCCAGGGUAUGACGUCACAUUGGAUGCCAUAGAUCUUGAUCCUGGGCUACCAGUAAAUGUCUCUGAAGAUGUGACAUCAUCUCCACCCCCAGGAACUAGCAAAAGAGCCCCACAUAGUAUAAUAAUUGGGGUACGGAAAGGGGGCACACGAGCGCUGUUGGAAAUGUUAGACAUACACCCAGAGGUUGCUGCUGCUGCCACUGAGGUGCACUUCUUUGACUGGGAUGAGAACUAUGCCAAGGGCUUUGAGUGGUACCGUGAGUUGAUGCCCUACUCUUACCCGCACCAGAUCACAGUGGAGAAAACUCCAGGUUACUUUACAUCAGCCCUUGCACCAGAACGCAUCUGUGCCAUGAACUCCUCCAUAAAGCUGCUGUUGAUCUUGCGAGACCCGGUUGAGCGGGUCAUAUCUGAUUACACCCAGGUCUACUUCAACCGGCUAGAGAACCACAAGCCAGUGCAAGCCAUUGAGAACCUGCUUGUGCGCAAUGGAGCCCUAAAUAUUCGAUACAAAGCAAUUCAGAGGAGCCUCUAUGACAUCCACUUGCGUAACUGGCUGCGUCACUUCCCCCUGGAACAAAUACACAUUGUAGAUGGGGACGCCCUGAUCCGUGACCCCCUGCCUGAGCUUCAGAAGGUGGAGCUCUUCCUCAAUUUGCCCCCAAGGAUAGUGUCCUCCAACUUCUACUUCAACCAGACCAAGGGGUUUUACUGUAUCCGAAGUGACGGUCGAGAGCGAUGUCUGCAUGAGUCUAAGGGACGUCCUCACCCACCUGUCAAUAGCACUGUGCUCCAGCAGCUCCGCUCUUACCUACAGGAACACAACCGAACCUUCUUCAGGCUGGUGAAGCGUACCUUUGACUGGCAAUAAGAAACCCAGGCCACAACUGAGACUCCAAGGAACUACUAGCUUCUCCAUGAUGAGGACAAAAUGGGGCACAAAGCACUUUAGAGAACUGACAUUUAACAACCCCUUUGAAUAGCCUCUUCACAGCUACUGUUGUGAUCUCUGUUUGGCAGAAUGCAGUUCUAUUUACACAAGAAGGCAGAAGAGUAUGAAAGACAGGGUAACACCUUACACUACAGUCCACAGCAGGCAGAGAAUCUACUCCAGUUAUUCUGUAAUCUUUUGUACUAAUGGUACUCCAAUGCAGUAUGUUCCAAUAUACAUGUGUAGUGCACACGCUGGGACACAAAAUGUAUUUGUAAGUACUGUGCUGGUGCACAUUAAUACUGAAGUUUACACUGUGACUUUAAAGUGGUUACACUGUGCAUUGUGGGCUGUAUUUGCUGUUACCAAAUACAGCAACUAGAGGCAUAAAACUGAUUGGAAGAAUCUCAAAACAGCUUAAUAAGUCAUUCUUUCUUUGCUGGAAGCGUUUAUGUUAUCAGCGAAAAAAACAAGUUUAUGAACCUGGUGAACUUUUUUUCCUCUCUCUUGUUUGAUAUUCUCAUUCUCUUGAUAAUAAAUUAUUCUGCUUUCAAA